UGCGUGCAAAGCAAAACCACUGCCUUCAAACGGUGUCGUUUAGUUGUCGAUCGGCCUCUUGCUCGGCGCCUCGGCGGUGAAUUCCUUUUGCACCAAUACCUCUGCUAAACCCUCGAAAUCACGAGAGAGAGAGAUGUUUCAGAGCAGAGUGGUGACCUCAUUUCUGCGGAGGAGGCAAGCUUUUGGCCGCAUCUACAAUACUCUUAUCGAAUCCAAUCCAUCCACAGUUCUCCGCCAUGAACAUUCCAGAUGUUUCUCUUCUCAAGCUUCCAAGAAAUGUCUAUUUGGCUUCUACGCCUACCGAUCCCUCUCCAAGGGUAAUCAGGUACCAUCAUUUAGGAAUAUGUCUACUGUGGCCUCUGUUAACACGAAUAAGGAGGGCCUGAGGUUGUUAGUAACUGCUGGGCCUCGUGCUCAGAAAAUGGUUGGGAUAUGGCUUUUCGGUUCUGCUGCAUGGGUUUUCAGUAUGGUGGUUCUUGGUGGUGUGACACGACUGACACGAUCUGGUCUUUCCAUGACUGAUUGGAAAUUCACUGGGGGGCUCCCCCCUCAAUCAGAUGAAGAGUGGCUGCAGGAGUUUGAAAAGUAUAAGCAGUCCCCUGAAUAUGAGCGUGUUAACAAAGGCAUGAGUAUUGAAGAUUUCAAAUUUAUAUAUUGGAUGGAAUAUGCACAUCGAAUGUGGGGAAGGGCACUGGGUGUUAUGUUUGCUUUGCCCUUUUCAUAUUUUCUUCGUAAAGGUUAUAUAACCGUACGUCUUGGACUGAGAUUGUCGACACUUUUUGCCCUUGGUGCUGGGCAGGGUUUAAUUGGCUGGUGGAUGGUUAAGAGUGGUUUAGAGGAGCCAGCAUCUGAAUAUGCUCAGCCAAGAGUAAGCCCCUACCGUCUGGCAGCUCAUCUUACUUCGGCAUUCAUGAUUUAUUGUGGUCUUUUCUGGACUGGUCUCUCUGUUGUGAUGCCUGAACCACCUGUUGAAUCUAUGGCUUGGGCUCGUGGUGCAGCAAAAGUUAGAAGAUUAGCUCUUCCUGUGGGCUUACUUGUUGGCCUUACUGCCAUUUCAGGAGCAUUUGUUGCUGGAAAUGAUGCAGGGCAUGCAUAUAACACUUUUCCGAAGAUGGGCGAUUCUUGGAUACCUGAUGACAUUUUUGACAUGAAACCACUGAGUAGGAAUUUCUUUGAGAAUACCUCUACAGUUCAGCUUGACCAUCGUAUACUUGCUACUGCAACCUUAGUUUCAAUUGGUACCUUAUGGUGGUCGACGAGGAAGCUCGAAAUAAAUCCUGCAGUUCGUUCUUUGAUCGGAAGUACAUUCGGCAUGGCUGCUCUUCAGGUCACCUUGGGAGUAUCAACGCUUCUAUCUUAUGUCCCGGUAUCCCUGGGAACCGCUCAUCAAGCCGGGGCUUUGACCCUUUUGACCCUCGUUAUUCUUCUCAAUCACACUGUGAGAAGGCCAUCAAUGUCCCUUCUCAAGUCUCUUCCCCAAGUUGUGAAAACAGCCUAGCCAGAUUUUUCAGGUAUGGACUCCCUACUACGAAUUAGAUUUAAAGUUGGAUUCAUGAAUUGAUCUCGAGUUUUCUAUUUUGUUUUGUGAUUUAAUUGAGUAUUUAACUACAGUGUUGGGGUGGGGGAACAAUUUGUACUUGGAGAAAUGCAUAGACAGAUGAUAAUUUUGUUGCUUGCGGUGAAAGAUAGAAGAGAAUUUGUUUUUGGCAUCUAAAUUUUUUUAAGAGAACUCAAGUAGAACAUGUAUAUAUUAUGUGAAUGCUUGCAAGAGAGAGUAGGUUUGGAGACAACAGUUUUAUAUACCAUGAGGGAGUGAAUCUCACUAAUGUCUUUGAAGUCAUAAAUUCAAGAUAUAUUGUCAUCACUUUAGGGUUUAGACUCUUCUUUGAAUUAGUUCA